UCAAAUAUUUCUUCACACGUUCCAACUUCCAACUGCAUAUACUACUCACAUAGCAAAAAUGAUAGCAGCUAUCAUCGUCUUCUUUCUUUGUUUUAUUGCUUCACAAACCUUGUUAGUGUUCAUGCCGUAUGCUACAACAGCCGCUAUGCCUUUGAGUUCAGAAACCGACAAGCUCGCUUUGUUAGCUUUGAAGGUAAAGCUUACCAAUGGUAAUCAUGACAAUAAUGCUCUGCCAUCAUGGAAUGAGUCUCUCCAUUUCUGUGAAUGGCAGGGCGUUACGUGCAGUCGCCGCCACAAGAGAGUCUCAGCCUUGCAACUGCAAAAUCAAGACUUGGGAGGAACUCUUGGACCAACUCUUGGAAAUCUAACCUUCCUCAAGAAGCUCAAUCUCACUAACGUCAACCUGUAUGGCGAGAUUCCAAGAGAAGUUGGUCGUUUGAAGAGGCUUCAGAUUCUCUGCUUAGACAUGAAUAAUGUUCAUGGGGAAGUUCCUAUGGAGAUAACCAACUGCUCCAAGCUUGAGGUAGUUUUCUUGAUGCACAACAAUCUCACUGGGAAAGUUCCUUCAUGGUUUGGAUCCAUGGUGCACCUUACUUGGUUGCAACUUGGAGCCAAUAAUUUAGCUGGAAGAAUUCCACCUUCCUUGGGAAAUCUUUCAUCGUUGGAGACUCUGUCACUUGCAUACAAUCAUCUGGAAGGAAAUAUACCUCAUGUUUUGGGUAGGUUAUCCAAUUUGAAUUAUAUUUUUCUUGGUUCAAAUAAUUUGUCAGGCAUGAUUCCUCCUUCACUUUACAACCUUUCCAAUAUUCGAGAUUUUCAUUUAGGGAAAAACCAAUUAGUGGGUACUCUUCCUUCAAAUAUAGACCAUGCUUUUCCCAAUCUCCAGCAGUUUACUAUUCCAUUGAACCAAUUUACCGGAACUUUUCCAUCUUCAAUAUCCAACCUGUCUCAGUUGCAACUGUUUGAUAUAGGAGUGAAUAGUUUUAGAGGACCAAUUCCUCUUACUUUGGGACGCUUGAACAAGCUUCAGGUACUUAUAAUGGAUUAUAACAAUCUUGGAAGUGGACAACCUCAUGAUUUGGAUUUCCUUUCCUCACUAACCAAUCUUACUCAAUUGCAAAGGUUGUCUUUUGAGGCAAAUAAUCUAGGUGGUGUAUUGCCAGAUCUCAUAGGCAACUUAUCUACCCAUCUCUAUUUACUUGAUAUGUGGGUUAAUCAGAUAUCUGGGAGGAUUCCUCAAACAAUUGGCAACUUAAUCGGCUUGACUACACUUAUUUUGGCACAGAAUUCCCUUGAGGGAUCAAUUCCAGAUUCAGUUGGAAAGCUUAAAAAUCUAGCAAGAUUGAACUUGCAACAGAACAAGUUAUCUGGUAACAUUCCUUGUGUUAUUGGCAAUCUUACUAUGUUAUCUGAAGUUUAUCUUGGCAUCAAUGAGUUAGAAGGAAGCCUUCCAUUUACUCUUAGGUACUGCAGCAUGAUGCAGAAAUUUGUUGUAGACACAAACUACUUAAGUGGUAAUAUACCCAAUAAUACAUUUGGGUAUCAAAAAGGUUUAAUAACUCUUGAUUUAUCCAUCAAUGCCUUGACCGGUUCCGUUCCUUCAGAUUUUGGUAACUUGAAACAACUUUCCAUACUGUAUCUACAUACAAAUAAUUUGUCUGGUGAAGUUCCCCUGGAACUAGGUGCUUGUUCUGCUUUAACAGAUUUUUGGCUGACGAGAAACUUCUUUCAUGGAAGUAUACCUUCGUUCUUUGGUUCUCUAAGAAAUCUUGAAAACUUAGACUUCUCAAUCAACAACUUCUCAGGCACAAUUCCGAAUGAACUUGAGAAUCUGACUUUUCUGAAUUAUUUGAACUUGUCUUUUAACCAUCUUUAUGGUGAGGUCCCAAUAGGAGGAAUCUUUAGAAACAUCACGGCAAUGUCGCUCAUUGGAAACGAAGAUCUCUGUGGUGGGAUACCUCAGCUGAAUCUCCCUCCAUGUCCUGAGUUGCUUUCACAUAAACAUAAGAGUUCUUUUAAAGUUACCCUGAUCAUUGUAAUUAGUGGGGUUUCGGCAUCUUUUCUGGUUUUCAUCUGCAUUUGUUAUUUGAGGAAAAAGCCCAAAACAUUAUCUUCUUCACCAUCACUGGAACAUAGGUACUUGAAGGUUUCUUAUGGAGAGCUACAUCAAGCAACCGACGGAUUUUCUUCAUCAAAUCUAGUUGGCACCGGAAGCUUUGGCUCUGUAUAUAAAGGAACACUUGUCCAAUUUGAAAGACCUAUUGCUGUGAAGGUGUUGAAUCUUCAAACACAUGGGGCAUCAAAGAGUUUCAUGGCCGAAUGCAAAGCUCUCGGAAAAAUCAGGCAUCGGAAUCUUCUAAAUAUACUGACUUGCUGUUCAAGUCUCGAUUAUAAAGGUGAUGAUUUUAAGGCCAUAGUGUUUGAUUUCAUGUCUAACGGGAGUCUAGAGACCUUGUUGCACAACAAUGAAGAAAAGGAGUCCAAAAACCUAAAUCUCAACUUUGAACAAAGGGUUAACAUUGCUCUUGAUGUAGCUUUUGCAUUGGAUUAUCUUCACAAUGAUUCUGAGGAAGCUAUAGUUCAUUGCGAUGUUAAGCCGAGCAAUGUUCUUCUUGAUGAUGACAUGGUUGCCCACUUGGGGGAUUUUGGGCUUGCUAGGCUCCUUCAUGGUCAUGGAGGCAUUGAUUGUUCUAGUGGAGAUCAUGUUAGUUCAUCUGCAAUUAAGGGAACUAUUGGAUAUCUUCCACCUGAGUAUGGAGCAGGUGGCUCAGUGUCAGCAGAAGGAGACAUGUAUAGCUAUGGAAUUCUUCUUUUGGAGAUGAUCACUGGAAAGAAACCAACUGAUAGCAUAUUCGGUGAAGGCCUAAGCUUACACUUGUUCUGUAACAUGGCAAUUCUUGAAGGAAUCAGUGAGAUUGUUGAUUCAAGAUUGCUCAUUCCAAUUACUGAACAAGAGGGAAGAAGGGUCACAAGGCAGCAAAAUAUGGAAGACACCAUUCGAGAAUGUCUUGUGUCUUUUACUAGGAUUGGAAUUGCAUGUUCUGAAAAGGUUCCAUCUCAACGAAUGGGCAUAAAAGAUGUCAUAAUGGAGUUACAUGCAAUUAAACAGAAACUGCUUUCAUAAAGAGCCAUUUUCAUGAAAACAAAAUCAUGAAUUGUUUUCAUCACUUGGAUUUA